AAGUAAAUACACUAGCACACUUCUUAGAAUACAUUGGUGCAUCUGUUCUGUUUUUGCUGUAUAUUUUUUUUAAAGAAAUAAGCUUUAAGCCUCGUUUUUCGAUCGCGUUGACGUCGCUCUCAACUCACCCUCUACCAACUACUUACUACCUUCACUUAAGGCUCUCUUAUUUGUUUUUCCCUGCUAUUUUUACGCAAUGUCUGCUCAACAAUUCUACGGAAAUGACAAGGGCUUCGUUCCCCAGCCUCAACAAGCGUAUGGCGGCCAGCCUUACUACCCUCCUCAACAAAACUAUCCUCCUCAGGGAUACGCACAGCCUGGACCUGGAUACGCUCCUCAGCAGCCCAUGUAUGUCCAACAACCUCCUCCUCAAAACGAUGGCAGUGACAUGUGCUGUGGUCUAAUGACUGGUCUUGCAUGCUGCUGUUGUUUGGACGCUUGUUUGUUCUAAGAACUGUUACUCUUUUUCUUCUUAGCACUCAGUGUUGGUGCCGUUGAACAAACACUCUUACAUACACGCUCACUCAGAAACUCACCCUUACACACACACAUUUUUACAUAUUACAUACAUUCACACUCUUACACAUUUAACAUCCACGUCCAAACUUCGCAUUUCAAACGCGUGUGUAUGAGUUGUCUUCAUUGGAUUGAUCAUUUGCUUUUAUGCAGGAUAACGAAUCAAAUGCCUUUUGCGUUUGGUAAAAAGAGUAGGCAGUUGGUUUUCAUCUUCUGACUUGCUCGUUGGUUCGCGCCAUCGCGCGUUCUAGUGCAUGAUUCGUUGACAAUGUCCGGACGCCAUUGGUAUCUUGUUAUUUUGUUUCUUUUGACGAGGCUUCUACGGUUGAGCAACUACUUAAUGCUUGAGCUUGGAUAAAUUCUUGUCGUAUUGGUCAUUGACUUUGUUGAUAGAUGCCUUUUCUUAUCCUUUCUGUUUCUUAUUAUCCAUCCAUGGAAAAGUAAUGUAGAAUGUGGGAGGGGAGUGAGUAGGCUUGUGUAGCGG